AUGCGCGUCGAGUUCUCCAUCUGCACGCUUCUUCCCUUUAUUCUUUCCGCUGUUUUUGCUCAAAGUACAGACCCCUGCGAGACAGUUGCAACGCAGCAGUCCGAUCAUCUUGGUGAUGCUUUUGGCAAAUAUGACGGUCUAAUACGGAUAGGCGUCGAUCCUCAGACUGUUGGACUGAAUGCCACCACUCUCUACCAGUGCCUCACGUCGGUACCCAUUCUAAAGGAUGACGCGCUCGACUAUCUUAAAUACGCCAAAAUCUAUGGAAUCCUUCAGUCAGACCUUGCGUUCAUCAAGCAGCCGACGAAGGCUUGGCAACAGCCAGCAUCAGAUAUCAUGGCAGACCUAGAUACGAUUGCAGAGGCCGUUAAAGCUGGAAUAUAUACUUCACAGUAUGAUUUCGACGCAGAUGUGAUAUCACUAGCCAGAACUGCCAACGACUAUCACUUCAAUCUCAAACCCGGCAUUCUCGGAUCUAACAUGUGGGCAUGGUCGUUGAAGUGGCAGCUUACAUCCUUCUCAACGGAUGGAAAGGAAUUGCCGAAAGUUUACGUAUUUCAAGACAUUCAGCAAGCUGGAGACGUGGUGAACUUGGGUUGGAAACCUUCGGCUGUCGCAACACUAGAUGGUAAAACUAUUCUCGAGUACCUGUCUGACUUAGCGACGGAUCGGAACACCGUAGGUGUCGCCGAAUCUCACACGGAAUGGAAUAUCAUGAUGGAGAAUGCCGCCUAUGCUUUCGGAGUAGGCGCGACCAACGACGAGUCCCUUUUCACUGUCAGUCAAACUUAUCCUGGAGAAUUCUUGACCGGUACCUUCGAGAACGGAACUAGAUUUACGUGGGAGUGGUUCGGAUACUGCAAGAAAGAUAUGACGAAGGAAGAAUGGACGAGUGCGGACAACAUCUACAACAAAGUGGUUCUCAGGCAGGAAGGUGACGCAGAAAAUGCAGAAAAGCGCCAAAAUCGAGAGUUCUUACCGAGCGUUGAUGAGCCUGCAUAUAUCAAAUACCGCCCCUAUUAUAUCCCGUUUGUGCCGCUGGUAGACCUAGAGGAUACUGCGAUCAAUCAAACGACCUCUGACAAAGUGCCGUUUAACAGCUAUCCAGAACCAACGGUUGUGCAGGAGCCCUUUGGCAAAGGCCAGGGUACUACGUCUGGCUACGUCUACGAGAACGAGUCGAUAGCUGUGAUAAGCAUUCCUUCCUUCGACGUUGAAAGUGCCCAGAACAUGUCGGCGUCAUUCUCCCAAUCUGUUUCCGACACCUUGUAUGAAGCCAAGAAAUCCGGCGUCAAGAAAAUAGUGAUCGAUAUCUCAGGCAAUGGAGGAGGCAUUGCCUUCCAAGCUUACGAGACCUUCAGACGCAUCUUUCCAGAUAUAUAUCCUUACCAACUGAUCCGUGCCCAAGCCACUGACACGCUAAACACCAUUGGAUCCGCAUUCGACACGAUAGCAGCCAAUCAAGGCAAUAUUGCUAGCAAGGAAGUGCAAUCGAGCGCUAAAAAUGAACUCGCUGGCGCGGUGUCAAUUUCCUCCACCAGGAAAUUCGCCGCCGACAGCAGCAUCUCUAAGAGCUUCGGCUCCUUCUCUUCCUGGUUUGGCCCAGUAACUUCUAGUAAUAACGGCAAAUACACCAUCCCUGCCCGCUUCGACUUCACAGACCCUGACCUCGCCAAAGGUAUGGGUCUCAACGCCCAGGUCUUUGGCUUCGGCAAUAAUACUGUCCCUAAAGACUAUCCGCGCUACGCCCCUGAAGAUGUAGUACUCCUCACUGAUGGCUUUUGCGGCUCCACUUGUGCUGUAUUCGCCGAACUCAUGGCUGUUGCUGCUGGCGUUCUCACUGUCAGCGUAGGCGGCACCCCGACGUACGGCCCCAUGCAGUACGCUGCCGGCACUCGCGGCGGCAACGUGUACAGCUGGGGCAACAUCGAUGGAUUUGUUGAGCAACUACGCGAUGGAGCAGCCCAGUACCCACAGCUUGCUUCUAAGAUCGGUUUAACUGCGUCCAAGCUGGCAGCGCUGCCACCGAAGCUAGCCGAUAUGAAAUACGCCGAUGAGGGGCGUAACAGAGUCAACGUGCUUGAUCAAGUGCGCGCAGGUGACACGUCGAACACGCCGUUGCAAUUCCAGUACGAGCCGGCAGAUUGCCGCCUCUUCUACACAAAAGAUAUGAUCCUUGAUCAAAGCAAGGUGUGGUUUGCAGCUGCGAAGGUCGCGAGCAGGGAUUACGGUGCUUGUGUAAAGGGGAGUACAGGGCAGAACUUCGUUGUCUCGGACUCGCCUGGGUUCACCAACAGCUUCCAGACUGCGGUGAAGGGCGUCUGGAGUGCAAAUGCUACGUGGGGAAGCCAGAAAAUAGGUAAUAUCACGGUCGGAGGCAAGAAUGUGAGUAACAUAACGGUGGGAAGUAAGAAUGUGAGCCUUGUCAGUAACGGGUCGCAGGCUUUUGGUAAUUGGUCGCAAUCCGUGAGGAAUAGCUCGCAGACGAACGGUACUGUUGCCUUUACAGGAGAAGCUGUCACGGGCAUGAGGAGUAGCUGGUUGGUUAUAAUGGGGGUUGCUCUUGCGGGAACAUCGGGCAGUCAGAAAUCAGUCACGCCUACCCCAUCAAACCAAAGCCAAAGAUCCUCCUCCGCAAAUCUAGCUCUUGCGCCCAGCUCUCAGAAAUUGUCGCCUGCUCCUCCGCGAGUCUCAGCCCCUAGUGAUGAGCCAAAGAGUGCUGGUACCGGCAGUAGUGAUGUCAGAUUGACCCAAUGCCCGCAAUGCAAGCGAUUCGCCGACAAAUAUGUGGAGCAUGACUACGUGGUUCUGUUCAUUGAUUUGGUGCUCAUAAAGCCUCAGGUCUAUCGCCACAUUCUCUUUAAUCGCUUCUAUCACGACGCAGAGACCCUUGACGUGCGUAUCGCAUCUCCACACGGCGUCAUUCUCCCGCUGACUCAGCUUCAGCCCUCAAUCCGUCGAUUAGGGAUUCUGCUCCUUCUCUUCGACGUCUACCUCACAGAAAUCCAUAUCGAGUCCCUGCCACAGUCCUCCCCCGCAAUCUUCGACUUGAACGUCUUUGUGCAAUGGGGCUUCUUCGUACUCGUCUGUGGUCUGGCCUCGUUGUCCCAGCAUCUUACGAUCCGCUUCUUGGCACAAUACUUCGGCUUCUGUGAUUAUCCUCAUCGUCAUCAGGAUUCGAGAUUGGACUUCAAAGAGAUUGAGGUACUAUUAAGUGGAACGGCAACCCCUGGUGGUGGUGGCGGUUCUAGUGCUACUGCUGUAGAACCUCUCAAGCCACCUACAUCUACAUCUAUCUCUACUGCACUCCUUGUGAGUUCAUGCAUGUCGGUCUUUCCGAUCUUCAUGAUAGUUUGGAAGCCAGAGGAAGGUCCUUCAACCGAAUUAACAGUACCCUCGCCCAUUGAUACGAACCUGUUCUUGCCAGAAUUUCUACGGAGCGGAGCUAGGGGAGUUGGAUGGGUCAGAAGUGGAGUUACAUGGGCUAUAGCUCUACAGAACUCAGAGUCUUUAAGAAUUCUGCUGAAUUGUGGCUAUCUUUGGGCAGGAGGAUUAGUACUUGCUGGUGCUACCGCAAGAUGGGCCGUAAGGGCCGCUAUUCUGGGCUUGGUUGGGCUGAGCGAAGGAUGA